AGUACGAUAUCGAAUCAGAUUCGGAUAAGAAUCGAUGUUAAAUACUGCAGUGGAUCACAAUCAGCGUCCAAUAAACGGUGGUCAGAGGCGCACAGGCGGUAAUUAACAGAACAAUUUUUUCUCCUCAUUGGGCUAUUAUUUGAAGAGGUAGGCGUGCAGAUUUCGGUUCAGUUCAGCUGAUCUCUGUGUGGGUUCUGGCGGUUCCGAGGGGGCGAACUGCCAAUAGUUCACCGGGAGUUGUCCUAGGAAGCAGUUUGAAACUUAUACAGUGCGUUACAUCAACAGUGACAAGACAUGCACGCUGCACCCGUGAUCUGUCUCAUUGCCGUUCUCCUGGCAGCAGGACCUGUUUCUGCGGGCUCAUGGACCUAUCAAGAUGAACAGCACUGGGCACGACAGUGUCAAGAAGGACAUUUGCAGUCUCCAAUACCUCUCUCGUUAGAAAUAGCCAAAGAAAAGGAAUUUCACCAUCUCAGACUACAGGGUUAUAGCCAAACAGUCAAAGCAAUUUUAAAAAAUAACGGCCAUUCAGCUGAAGUACGACUUGACAUUCCAGAAGACCAGAAACCUAUAGCAAGUGGAGGUGGAUUGGCAGGAUCUUACCAACUGGACCAUUUACAUUUCCACUGGCAGUCCGAACAUACACUGGAAGGUCACAGGUUUCCUCUAGAACUGCAUUUGGUACACUACGGUAAAGAUUAUGGAAGCCUAUCCAACGCUGUAAGGCACCCUCAGGGAGUGGCAGUUUUUGCCGUGAUGUUUGAGCUUUCUCCUGACGACGACGAGGAGUUCCAGCCCUUGCUCAACAUCAUAGCGGAAUUGCAAAACAACGUCGGCACGCCAAGGCAGUUGGCAGAGUUCAACGUAAAAAAUUUCCUUCCCAGGGACACUGCAGGGUUUUACAGAUACGAGGGAUCGUUAACCACGCCAGAUUGCAACGAAGGCAUCCUAUGGACAGUCUUCACCAACACCAUUCCGAUUUCCGCCAAACAGGUGAAGAUUUUCGAAGCAAUGCACGACGAUCACAACGCUCUUCUCGAGCAUAACUACCGGUCGCUGCAGUCACUGAACGGCAGAGACGUCUACGUCAAGAUUAGCCCCAUCAGAGCCAGUGCCAAAGCGAUAGAAGUGCCAUCUAUCUUACUAGUAACUUCCCUUGCUCUCAUCUUCAGUUUCCUCAAAUUUUAAUCGCCUGAAGGCGUUCUAGUCGUAACAUUUCUAAGGGAGGUUAAUGCUCAUAAACAGUCGAACAUCAAGCGUAUGUUAAAAACUUUUGAAGGAUAGUACAAAUUAACGUUAGUGUUUCUUAGUCCAUAAGAAGUAAACUAAUUAGUUUGUAUCGUUGAAGGCGGUUGAAGAGAACCUUGGUUUUUUUUAUGCGUAUAAAGCCACGGUUUGCUGACUCGCGUCUGUAUGAACAGUUUGGCCGCCUUGGUGUUAAGCGUACCAAAUUAUCUUCCAAAGCGCAUGCCAUAUUAAUCUGUAACGAUUUACCUGAACUAACCAUGUCGAUAAUUAUAAGUGUAAUAUUUUUUUUACCGUUGUAACAAUAAAGUUGUUGUUUUUA